AUGGUUACCGAAGUCGUGAACAAGAAGAAGGAGCAGGAGCAGGAGCACAUCAUCAAGCCCCAGGCCACCACUCCUGCCGUCGACACCAGCGAGUGGCCGCUGCUUCUCAAGAACUAUGACAACCUCCUUGUGCGAACCGGCCACUUCACCCCCAUUCCCAAUGGAUCUGCGCCCUUGAAGCGUGACAUCAAGUCCUACAUCAGCUCUGGUGUCAUCAACCUGGACAAGCCCUCCAACCCUUCCAGUCACGAGGUUGUGUCCUGGGUCAAGCGAAUUCUUCGCGUUGAGAAGACCGGCCACAGCGGUACCCUCGACCCCAAGGUCACGGGAUGUCUGAUUGUCUGUAUCGACCGAGCGACUCGACUGGUCAAGUCCCAGCAGGGAGCCGGAAAGGAGUACGUUGCCAUCAUUCGUCUCCACGACAAGCUGCCUGGUGGCCAGGCCCAAUUCGCUCGCGCCCUCGAGACCCUCACCGGUGCCCUGUUCCAGCGCCCGCCUCUGAUUUCCGCCGUCAAGCGACAGCUGCGUAUCCGAACCAUCCACGAGAGCAAGCUGAUUGAGUUUGACAAUGACCGCCACCUGGGUGUGUUCUGGGUGAGCUGCGAGGCUGGUACCUAUAUCCGAACCCUGUGUGUGCACCUGGGCCUGCUGCUCGGUGUCGGUGCCCACAUGCAGGAGCUCCGACGUGUGCGCAGUGGUGCCAUGGACGAGACCAAGCACCUCGUUACCCUGCACGAUGUUCUGGAUGCCCAGUGGACCAUGGACAACACCCGCGAUGAGUCCUACCUCCGCAGAGUCAUUGCUCCCCUCGAGACUCUGCUCACUGGCUACAAGCGCCUUGUUGUCAAGGACAGCGCUGUCAACGCUGUCUGCUACGGUGCUAAGCUUAUGCUGCCCGGUCUCCUGCGUUAUGAGUCUGGUAUUGAGCACCACGAAGAGGUUGUCUUGAUGACUACCAAGGGCGAGGCUAUUGCCAUUGGUAUCGCUCAGAUGUCUACGGUGGAGAUGUCUACAUGCGACCACGGUGUCGUCGCAAAGGUCAAGCGUUGCAUCAUGGAGCGUGACCUUUACCCACGACGAUGGGGCCUCGGUCCUGUCGCCCAGGAGAAGAAGAAGCUCAAGGCUGAUGGCAAGCUUGACAAGUUUGGCCGACCCAACGAUGCCACUCCCGCCAAGUGGACCUCUGACUACAAGGAUUUCAGCGUGUCAGAUGCCUCUGCCGCGGCGGCGGCUGCUGCUCCUGCCACCACUUCGAUCCCCGUCCUGCCUUCCACACCCUCCAAGGAGGCUGAUACCAAGAUGGAUGACGCAGAGACCCCUGCUGGUGAUGAAGACAAGAAGAAGCGAAAGAAGCACGACGGUGAGACUGCUGAGGAGAAGGCUGAGCGGAAACGACGGAAGGCCGAGAAGAAGGCUGCCAAGGCAGCAAAGAAGGGGGGCAAAGACGAUGAGGACAGCGAUUAA